GUCUGUUGUGGAAAAUUUCGUCGAAUCCAUGGCAGCGCCGAGUGGACUCUGUUUUUCUUAAUAAACACCGAAACAGUGGAUCUUGCAGUACAUCGUGUCAUCCAGCGGAUGUUCCGUUAUCAGUGGUAUUAUCCACAAGGAAUCCUUGUUUAAACGAAGUGUAAUUAUAGUGUUUGGAAGUAAUUUGACAAUUCAUUGCAAUGUCGAUGCAACAGUUUUGUUUGCGGUGGAACAAUCAUCAACCGAAUUUUAUUUCGGUGUUCUCUAAUCUAUUAAAUAAUGAAACUUUGGUGGAUGUGACAUUAGCUGCUGAAGGCAGACAUCUCCAGGCGCACAAAGUUGUUUUGUCUGCAUGCAGUACAUAUUUUCAAUCAUUGUUUACUGUGAAUCCAUGUCAACAUCCAAUUGUCAUAUUAAAGGAUGUAAAAUUCUCUGACUUGAAAAUCAUGGUUGAUUUUAUGUAUUAUGGCGAAGUAAACAUAUCACAGGAUCAGUUACCAUCUAUCAUAAAGACUGCAGAGAGUUUAAAAAUAAAAGGACUUGCAGAAAUGCACAGUGCUUCUUUAACCAAGUGGCCAAGUGGUAGUAGUGAACCUGGAGGAGGAGAUCGUGGAGAAUCUUGUUCACCUAGUCCGUCACCAUUGUCUCCAUCUUUUCGAAGAAAGAGAUUAAGAAAAUCAUCCACUGGGUCAACAUCUGGAUCUGGUGACAAACCAGAAGAAAUGAAUGAAAUCACUUUAGUUGCCACCAAUAUCGUAAAACCAGAACCAUUAAUAGUUUCACAAGAAGGCAAUGAAAGUCUAAGAAGACCUGUCAAUACCAGUACUGAAUCUCAAGGAAGUAUUGAUGAAGAUCAAAUAUCAAUUAUGAGUAAUAUGGAAAACAGUUCAGCAACAACACCAGCACAAAGUGAUGGUUCAAUACAAGAUGUGAGUCAACAAUCAGGAGGAAAUGUGGCACAAAGUUCAGUUUCUUCUCAACCACCUGCACAUCAAGGAUUGCAAUGGACUAUUAUGGAGCAUACAUAUCCACGUUUCGCUCUGUCCUCGUGUCAAACGAAUCUGUCGAUCCAAGCGUCAUCAGCUUUUACCACGCCCGAAAUAACAGCUUCUUCGACCAUCAGUGAUCAGUACUCUGGUACCAGCACGACUGGUUCCAGUUGCGCCUUGACGAAUUAUCCAAACUCCUCACACGGGACAUUGCAGCACGCAUCGUCGGGCGGCCCUUCACCGUCGACACAGUGCCCGAGUAACUGCCAGAGUCCGUGUGCCAGUCCACAAACCGCAAUAAAGAGGAAACGAUCGACAAAUCCGCAGGCGGAUGAGAAUUUUAUCAGAGCAUUAGACGCUGUACGAUAUGGCGGCAUAGGAUUCUGUAAGGCGGCUAGAAUGUUCGGUGUGAACAAUCGAACACUUUGGCUGGAAUACAAAAAGCGCGGUUACCCGAACAAUCGACCCAGUUUGAAGUCGAGGGUCAAACAAGAAGUGAAUUCCUCACCGCCACCAGCACCGUCGGCGCAACCAGUUAAUUCACAGAGUCCCACGCCAAUGGGUCCUCCCACCACUCCACAUAGUACACACAAUACCCACAGCACGCAUACCAUGCUGACCACUCAUAGUCCGCAUACGAUGUUAAGUGGUUACAUUGAUAGCAGGCAUACAGAUUAUGCAUUGCCCAGUACUACAAUGCCAAUCAAUUUACACGUUUGCAAGCAGGUAGGCCCGAAGAGGUGUCGUCUGUUGCGCCAGCCACGAGUGAAGAAGGAGUCGAACCAUUUAUCACCAGACAGCGAGGCAUCUUCACCACAUAUCGUCUCUUCCUCCAUCUAUGUGACUACGCCGACGUUGAACCUGCCACAAACGUCGAGAAGCUGGGAGGAAACGAGAAUCUCGUCGCCUCCGCAAUCGAUUCUGGUGAACCAGCCUAGUCUAUUAACAGUGACCACCUCGACGAACCUGUUGACCGUACCUCAGCCAUCCUACUUGAUGAAACAACACUCCCACCCGCUCUUGUCUAAUCAGCAACAGUCUAGUAGUGGGAAUUACUGGAUACACAGGCAACACUCGAAUCCGGAGUUCCCCAGAAGGACCACCAGUCCGUCGAUCGUCGUCGAACCAGCGCCUGUUGUUAAAACGGAGGAAGAAAGUACAGAGGAGUCAAUUGCUAUGACUACUACCGAUACUGCAGGGUCUUCUUCAGCACUGAGAGUGAAGACAACGGAACUUAGACGGAGUUCCUCGUCACCACAUACGACAAGCAGGGAUACUCGAGAAAGCACUGGAGAUCUGCGUCUUGGUCACUGUCCACUUUUGCGUCCAGGUCCAGCUCUAGGCUGCAAUCACUGCUGGAACACGAUAGAUGCCCACGGGAGGACGCUUCGAAGGAAAACGAAGUUUCAUUGCCCUGAAUGUCAAGCCAACUUGUGUAUUGUACCUUGUUUCCAAGAGUACCACGAGCAACGACGAGAACUGAAGCUGAAACCUUUACCGAAAACCAGUUCAGUCUAA